CGUCAAUUCCGUUACGCGAAACUCUUGGCGCGCUGAAGCAAACUGCAAGGAGAUGGACGCUGACGAUGGACGUUUACAGAAAGAUGAAGUCGAGUUUUUGGUGGAUAGUCGCGACGUCAGUUUAAGUGCACAAAGUGAACCACCGCCGACCGAAGCCGGCGGACGUUAGCGAUGUUGGCUAACUCGUCGUGGAAAUAGUGGUUUGUAGUUUAUUAAGGCUUCCCGUAUUUAUUUUAUUGACGUCUGGGCAAUAUGAAAAGAACCAAACUGAAGAUUCCCAGGGCGACACCGCGAGCACACAGAGACAUCGCUACCUUCUUUACGUCUGGAAACAAGGGUUUACCCCCUCAGUCACCAGAAAGAAGCGCCGUGCCCUGUAAGACGGAUCCGCAAGUCCGAAAUGGAGACGUCUUCGCCGCGGGGCCGCGUUCCCCUUUAAAGAGGAGCAUCCUCGGGGUAAUUGAGAACCUUCUUCCCCCCUCGCCUGAUCUCCUCGUGGUCCCCGAGACCCAAAGUAGUCAGAUUCCGCUUUCGCCCUCGAGAGGCCACGAAGAGCUGAGCCCUGGGAUCAGGAGAGAAACGUCUCCUGGGAAGAAACCUGCCGGCUUGUCCCCCAUCUGCCAAAGUCCUCGUUCCAAACGGCCAAGUCUAAUGUCAGACAGUGAAAGGGGGACAUGUGGCUUGUUGAAAAGGCUCUGUAGUCCUUCUGAAGAGCUCCGUGAACCGAAGAGGCCAAGAACCGCAAACGCACUGGAGGACAGUCCCGAGGAAGAACACAAACACGAGGGAGAGACCGCUUUUACCGCCAUAAUCGAGCAGACGACGGCAGAAAGCAAAAUGGUUUCAUGCCUCGCGUGCACACCUGACGAGCAAGAUGCCCAACCUGCAGCGCCGACGCGUAGCGAGGAAGAAAACAAGAAAGAUGCUCCAAAAACUGCAUCAGAAUCUUCAGAUAGGGUCGAGCAAGAAGUGAAAUCGUCCGAUGUCAACCCAGCGGGAGAGAACACCAAGACCACAUUGGAAGAGGGUUUGGACGAGCUUUGGUUCGCAGAGCAGAUGGAGCCGAGUGAAUGUCUCGUGGCCGACGAGAAAGCCCGUAAGUUGCCAGAUCACUUGAUCCUCGGCGGAGGUCCAAACAAUCGCUACUGGGUUUUAAACGUGGAUGAGGGUCCUGAUCACAAAGUCCUGACAGUAACACGCUUCAGAUCUCUGCGAGCCACCGAGACGUGUCUGCUGAAAGACGGCUGGGAGAUGAUGCCUGUUUGCCGUGGCGACGUGGUCCACCUGGAGGGCCGCGCUGACGCCGGAUCCUGGGUGUUGGACCGAGAACAGGGCCUGCUGGUUUUACUUCCCGACUAUUUGGUUUCGGGCACCAGCAUCUCCAGCUCCAUCCGCUGUAUGAGGCGGGCCGUGCUCGGGGAGAUGUUUAAGAGUUUUGACGGCGGCUCCAAGCAGAUGCUGAACGGCACCAUCAUCCACCAAGUGUUCCAGAGAGCAGCCACGGCCAAAGAUUUCUCUCUGGCGUCUUUGUCCAACAUGGCCGAGGAGGCUCUGCACAGUCCUCAGCACCUCGGGGCCAUGUACAGUUUGGGUGUAACUCAGGAUGAAAUGAAGCAGGAGCUCCAUGAUUACCUGCCCUCAUUGGAGCUGUGGGCAAAGGACUACCUCGUAACGCCAAAAGCCAUCAGGAUCCAAAUCCCCAGCAGUGGUGGUGGGGCGGCGGGCAGGGCGCAGGACUCCGCCGCCGCUACCAUUACAGAGCUGGCCGACAUCGAAGAGAACGUGUGGUCGCCGCGCUUCGGCCUCAAAGGGAAAAUCGACUUGACGGCGAGGGUUCGAAUCCAAAGGACGCGAAAUGUCAGCCAGCGGUCCUCUGAAGUGAUGACCAUCCCCCUGGAGCUGAAAACGGGGAGGGAGUCCAACUCGAUUGAACAUCGCAGUCAGGUGAUUCUGUACACCUUGAUGACAUCGGACAGAUACAAUCCUCCAGCCGGUUUCUUGCUUUAUCUGAAGACUGGAAACCUGCAUCCCAUUGUUGCCAGCCACAUGGACCACAGAGAACUGCUGAAGCUGAGGAACACCUUGGUUCAUUACAUCCACAACUCGGUGCAGAAGGGGGUGGAGGGGAGUCACUUAGCCAGACUUCCAGACAUCGUGACGGACAAAAAGACCUGCCAAUAUUGCCCUCAGAGGAGAAACUGCGCUUUGUAUGAAAGGGUGUUGGAAGGCGCGUCGUCAGACGUCAGUGACGACUUCCUGCAGCAGGAAACGGGCCACCUCACCGCCACGCAUCUGGACUAUUUCGCCCACUGGCUGCUGCUCUGCCACCUCGAGGCCGCCAGCAUGGAGGCCCGGAAUGGCCGAAAGCGUGUGUGGCUCCAGACGCCUGAGGAAAGCGAGAAGAAAGGAAGUUGCAUCGGGAACCUGCGGCUGAUCGGCUCCGCCAGCGUCCAGUCGGAGGGCGUUUUCCUUCACCGCUUCCAGCGGCCUGACGAGACGCACGAUCCAAGCGGUUGCGGUCUGGCCAGCGGGGAUCGCGUUGUCCUUAGUGACCAGGGAGGUCGUUUUUUUGCCCUGGCAACAGGCUACCUGUGUGAUGUCAGCCGGACAUCCGUCAGUUGUACCCUUGACGGGGACGUGUCUAAGCUCAGUGGGGAAGUGUUUCGAUUGGAUGCAGAUGAAGGAGUCAUGGGACUCAGCACUCACUUGACCAAUCUCUCCAGACUGAUGGAAAGUAGCCAGCACGGGGAUCGUCUGAGGGAGCUGGUUGUGGGUCUUUGUCGGCCGGAGUUCAUUUGCAAUCUCAGUUCGGUUCUUCCCAAAGAGGCCAAAGACAGAGUGGCAAACAUCCUCAAAGGUCUCAAUAAGCCCCAGAAGCAGGCCAUGAAGAAAGUGUUGCUGUCUAAAGACUACACGUUGAUUGUUGGCAUGCCCGGGACGGGCAAAACCACCACCAUCUGCACCCUGGUUCGCAUCUUGCACGCGUGCGGAUUCAGCGUGUUGCUGACAAGCUACACACACUCCGCUGUCGAUAAUAUCCUGUUGAAGCUCAAGCGCUUCAAAGUCAGCUUCCUGCGUCUUGGGCAAGGGCAAAAGGUCCAUCCGGACAUCCUUCCAUACACGGAAGAAACUGUCCGGAAAAAUGGAGUUCACACGCUGUCAGAACUGGAGCAGCUUUAUAGCAAAGAGCUGGUUGUGGGAACAACUUGCAUGGGCAUUAAGCAUCCAAUUUUCACACGACGGCGCUUCGACUUCUGCAUCGUGGAUGAAGCGUCACAGAUCAGCCAGCCCAUCUGCCUGGGGCCGCUGUUCUACGCUAACAGAUUUGUGCUGGUCGGGGACCACCAACAGCUGGCCCCAAUAGUGCAUGAUAAGGAAGCAAGGUCACUAGGGAUGGAUGAGAGUCUGUUUAAGCGACUGGAGUGCCAUUCUGAAGCUGUGGUCCACCUCAACGUCCAGUACCGCAUGAACAGGCAGAUCAUGUCACUGAGCAACUGUCUGAUGUAUGACGGCCGCUUGGAGUGCGGCUCGGAGAGGACGGCGUCGGCUCUCCUCUCGCUGUGCUCGCUGCCCUCCGUCCAAUCGGAGCUCGUCUCUGACGCCCAUCCCCAGCAGGAUUUCGCAUGGAUACAGGAUGUGUUGACACCUAGCAAACCCGUUUGCUUCCUGGAUUGCUCAAUGGUGCCAGCUUUGGAGUCAGUGGAGCGGGGAGGCAUAAGCAAUCACACCGAAGCGGCCAUCAUCCACCUUCUUCUGUCAUUGUUGAUAAAGGCCGGCUGUAAGGCCAGCGACGUCGGCGUCAUCGCCCCUUACAGACAACAACUCCGGUGCGUCUCGGCUCUGCUGCAGUCGUCUGCUUUUCAUGGCGUGGAAGUAAACACUGUGGACAAAUACCAAGGACGCGACAAGAGUGUCAUUGUGCUCUCUUUUGUCAGGAGUACCACGGAAGAAGAAAAUCUGGGAGAGCUGUUGAAGGAUUGGCGCCGCUUGAACGUGGCCAUCACCAGGGCCAAACACAAACUGCUCAUGGUGGGCUCGGCGUCCACGCUCAGGCGGUACACCCCUGUGGAGAAGCUACUCAAUCAUCUGGAGCAGGAGAACAUGAUUAUCCAGCUCCCUCCGUCAGCCGACAGAGCCUUACCCACAAUGCUCCUGUGACGGCGUGGACGUCUGCGGCCGUUGAGCGCUGCGUGAUCCCCGCCUUACUUCUCAUUACCUCGCAUCUUCAACAAAAUAUAUUUUUAUUUAAAACAUCAUACACUAGCGGUAGGAUUUUUUUGCUCACGAACGAAUCGUGGUUUUUAGUCAACAUAUUUAACUGAGUGCUUGCAUGAUUAUUUUUAUAUUUAAACUGUGUAGUGGAAAUUUCUGCUAAUCUAACAUAAUUUAAUUAAUUUAAGUGAGACAGUCUUGUAAAAUCAAGGACACAAAAUAAAAUGCCACACACUGCUGUGUGCUGUGUAAUA